AUGAAAUUAUUUGUAAAUGCAGCUACAAUAAUACUAUUUAGUAUUAUCUAAAUCUCACUAUCUUAGUCACUACAAUAGUUUUCUUCUAUAUAUUCGUCUACUUACUCAAAUAAGGUAGACACACUCGACAGGAUUAACUAAAUUUAAUUCAUUGAGGUAGCAAGUAAGAAAGGGUUUGUGUUUGCCACAGCUGAAGCAGAAGGACUCAUAAUCCUUGACUCUAAUAAUAAUAAUAAAUUAAUCUUUUAAGGUAAGUUGAGUGGCCCUCUUAAUUAAGCAAUCGCAGUAACUAGUGAUGGUUAGCAUGUGUUUAUAAGUAUGAAUAACACUUUUUAUGCAUAUUAGUUUCUAUAUUCAGAUAAUUCAUAUAACUUGUAUUAAUAUUAUCAGAAUCAGACUGAUGUUUCUCAAAUACAAAGAAUACAGGUACUAGAAAAUGAGAAUCGAGUAAUAAUUGCCCAUCUUUCUGGGCUGCUUACAUUAGUUGAUAUAAGCAAGAGAGACAACUAAAUUAUAAGUAUAUUAGCUAAUUAUACUGUUUAGUCUACUUUGAGAGGACUCAAAAUUACAAAGGAUAUGUUAUGGGUAAUAAUUGCUGAUUAUAAUUAUGGUCUUAUGGUUUUUUAUUGGUAAGACCAGACAAAAGCACAAACCAGUUUGAAUCUAAUUAAUGUUGCAAUAUCACCUUCUGUUUCUCCUAGUUACUUUGUUAUAACUUAGGAUGGAAGGUACGUUAUGAUUAUGGAAUAUUGGGAUGGAUUCAGUAUUAUUGAUUUGUACCCUAUUUAAUAAAAGUACAUUUAAAAUUAAUUUACAAAUUUUACUGUGGAUACUCCUCCCUUAGUAGUUCCCCAUUGGUGGGUCGAUCACGAUACUUCCCCUGAUAGCUUGGCAAUUACUAUGACAAAUGAUGAAAAUUAUGUGAUGGUUGGGCAGAGAUCUGUUGGUAUUUACAUUAUUGACAUUUCUAACAAAUUGAACCCUAAAUUAUUCCAAAUAAUUUCAGCUCCGCUUGAUUCACUUAGUCUCAUUUUAUCUAAAGAUUCAUAGUAAUAGUAUCUUUAUUAUUCUAAUGGAAAUUCGUUACUAGCCUUUAAAAAAUCAGAACCAAAUUUAAAUUUAGAUGUACCUAAUAUAUUGAAUGUACAAAAGUCGACCAGCGUCAAUGCAGGAAAUAGCAAAUGGAGGUGGACUGGAGCUGUAGAGAUAAAUAAUUAAUUUCUCUUUUAGAGUUCUUAUGAUUAAGGCUUGGCAAUAAUGGAUUUGAGAGUCUCUCCUCAGCUUAUGACUUCAGCAUAUUAAAUACCAGUAUAGACUAGUGGUGCAUCUGUUGAUCAAUUUAUUCUUUUCGGUAGGAACGAUAUUUAUUUGGCAGUACCUAUUCAAACUUAGACAACUAUGAUGAAUAUAUAUAACAUAACAGAUAGAACAAACCCUGUUUUAAUUUAAUCUCUACCAUCUGAUGACCCUUCUUAUUCAUAUUCUAUGGACAUGAGCGAUGAUGAGACACUCUUUGUGUUUGAUAACAAUUUUAGCUUUGUUUUGUUUAAUAGUACCACUAUAGGUAAAUUUACAUAAAUUAGCUAGUGGUAAUUCUAAAAUGGAAUAUUUGGCGGUAUUGCAAAUGGAUUGAUUAUUUCUCAUGAUAGUAAUUAUAUUGUAGCUGUAGAAAGAGCUAGUGUUAUUUGUGUUGUGGAUAUUUCAAAUAAGAAAAACCCACAAUUAGCUAGUUUUUCUAGAACUAAUGGAGGAGAAAACAUCAUAAAAGCCAAAUAUGGGGUUAAUAAAAAAUAUGCAUUUAUUGUGCAAGGCUUGUAUGGUAUUGAUGUAAUAGACAUGACUUAACUUCCACAAAUAAAGGUUGUAAGCAGAGUUUAGACUUAAGGAUAUUCAAAUUUUAUGUCGCUUAUAUAGAAUAACACAUAUGCUCUAGUGAGUUAGCUAGACAUUGGUGAAAUUAGUUUAGUUAAUUAUACAGAUAUUACUCAACCAAAAGUAGUGAGCACUUUUUAAUAUGUUAAUGAGCAUGCUACUUCUGUAUGCGCUUCGCCUAUAGAUGACUACUUCUAUAUAAUUAGUUAGAGCGGCCUGAGAGCAGUACCAUUAAAAAGCAACACAUACAUUCAUACUGAAAUAUAAUAAGUCUUAAAUGCAAAUACAGGUUCACCAUAGCUUAUUCAUCUCAGUAAGUAUCAGUCUUUGCUUGUUGGAUAGCAAAUUAAUUAUUAAUUUCAGAUUCUUCUUCCUACUCCUGGAAUAUAAAUAACAAAUGUUUAUUACAUAGAAUAUGGUCAAUUAUAAAGCUUGCCAUAUUGGAUGAAUUACAAUCCUAUUCAAUAAACACUUUCUCUUAAUAUCGUUAAAGACUCUCUAGGUUAAAACUAUGACACAAGUAAGAGAAAUCAACUGAUCUAAAAUACAAUAGUUGUUUAAUCAAAUAUUCCAGUCUUAGCUUCAGACUUAGUAUUUACUAAGGCUGUACAUGGAGUUGAUUAAAGUUUAGAUUAGGCAAAUCAAAUAUUGAAUUACUUCCAUAAUAUAGGUUUACUUGAUAAAUCUGAUUUUGUAACCAGUGUUUUCUAAUAUUAAAAACCCCUAGGUAUUAACCUUAAUGGAAUAAAUUUCAGUGAUUAAUUGCUAAAUAAUAUUAAGCUAGUUCUACAAAACUCCGUAACAUUAAAUCCUAUUUAUUUUAAUACUCAAUCAUCACUGAAUAUUUAUUUAAACCCUCCUUAGAAUCAAGGAUCUCAGUUAUUAUAUUACAUUUCAGCAUUACAGAGUAGAGUUUAUAUGUUUUUAACAAUUGAUUUAUAGUAUGGUAUGUUUGUAAACAAAAAUUAUAAUGGUUUGAUUUCAUCAACUACAAGCGCAAGAAACCAAUUACAAUUAGAAGGAGAUCCAUAGGUCUUAAAUGCUUGUUUGAAUAACAAGAUAGAGGUUUUUAUCCACGGAAUUCAAAACGUUAAUUCCACAUCGAAAAUAUAAGAAAUAUUAUAAUUAGUUAACAUCACUGUUUAGCUAUAAGAUAAUACUAAUUAUGACAUAAUUCAAAAUUUCACUAUAAAUUAAGCAUCUUUUUUUAGAUUUAGAGACAGAUUAGUCUUAAAUCCUAAUCCUAAUAUGAACUUGUAAGAUUAGGUCAAUAGCUAAUUUUCAAAUGGAAAACUAGAAAUAAAAACGCCAAUAAGUAUAGAGUUUUCAUAAAGUUCUUUUAUUAUAAUAGAUAGCUAGACAGAUCACUCACUUCCUCUAACAUAUAACGCUUACUUGAUAUAAGAUGGAUAAUAUAUUUCCAUUCCAUCAAAUUUUUGGCUUUAGUUUUCACCUUCUCUCCUCAAAUUCACAGGUUAAUGCAGUUAUUCUGAAUUCAAUAACAAAUAUUGUUUCUUUUUGAAUGUAACAGAUUAAUAUUCAGUAGCAAGUGACACCUUUUGUGUAGUAACAAAUUAAAUACCAUUUUUAAUUAUCCUUAAUCUAGUUUUCUAAAUUCUCGGUCCUAUUAUUUUUGUAUUAGGACUUUACAAGUACUAAAAUAUCUUUUAUAACUGGAUCUAUGCUCAAAAAAAUUUAUAUUCAACAGAGAUUGCUAAAAUCAAUCAUACCUUUUAUCAUAGAACGAUUUUUAUUGGAUAAAACAUGCAAAUUGCGAACGAGAUUUUUACAAAAUUUAUUAAUGAAUUCAAUUAAGGCAGAAUUUCAAUAAGUGAAAGUCCUCAACCCGAAGACUAAACAAAUGUUAAUGACAUAGAGCAUUCUUAAAUUUAAGACAAAGCCAAAGAAAUGGCUAAAAAAAAUAUUUCUUAAGAGCUUAAUUUAUCGAGAGAUUUUUAAAAAAAGAUAACAGAUUUAGCUAAAACACCAAAUCAAAAACAAACAAAAAUAGAAUAAACUUAUCUCAGUUAAAGGGAUUCAUCUCUUUUAUUUGAAAAGUUCAUAACAGACCUUCUUAAUAAUGAUAUAUCAUUUAGAUUUGAUGGAGAAGUUUAAUUUGUAACUUCUUAUAAAGAGUAACUAAAAUCAAAAUCUAACUUGCUGAGACUAUCGAUCAGGAGUCUUUUAGCUCGCCAUCUUCUUGAAAAAGAUAAAGUUACAACGAAAGCCUAUAAUUUCUUAAAAUAAUAUUCGUUAGAUUAAAAGAAAUAUACUAAAAAUGAUUGGUACAAACACUAUGUGCAUAUCAACCAUAUGGAAGAAGAUGAAGAUAAUGAUGAAGCUAAUUUAUCUAUUUUGCCAAUGUCACGUAUUGCUGCCACACCAUCAAAUCUGAACCAGAACUUCAACAGCAAUAAUAAUAAUAUAAAUUUGUAAAGAAAAUCAAAUAAUUGUAAUAUUCCUUAGUUAGCAAUCAAGAAAGAAUCUUUUGAUUUGAUUUUAAAUACUAUUAAUAUAGUGGAAGGAGAGGAAAAUACAGCUUAAGAAGCUAAUUAAUAAGAACUUCCUGUUAGAAAUAAAAAAACUUCAAUUUCAAUUAAAGUAAUUCAAAAAUAAACUAGAUCUAAGUUAUUUUUGAUGAUAAAUAGACAUUUACUUAAAGAAAUUUUAUUUGCAGAUACUCUUGGACUUGUUAAUCCUUCUCCUUCAAGAUAUCGUCCUUGUUCUGGAGAAUCAAUCCAUUUGGAAGAACAUGAAAUAGCCAGUGUGAGAGCUUUUACAAAGGCUAACAAAUCUUAUCUAUCUGGACUGCGUAGAAUAUUUAAAUUAGAAUAUGUACCUCUUGCCUCCUAUGAAAACAGAAAGCUUCCUUAAUGGCUGGAUUACACAUCUAAACAAGAUCUAUUUUUACUAAAAGGAUGUCCUACUAUAGAAGAUUAAUCUGAAAUAUUGUUGCGUUUUUAUAGUUAAAAACAAUUCAUUUUGAAGUAAUUUUUGAUUAAAAUAGAAUAAGAUAAGACAGAAAACAAUUAAUUAAACAGAAUUUUCUUUUAAAAGUAGUUAAAUAACAGCUAAAAUAAUAUAUAAACCUAACUAAGAUUUGGGCACUCUAAAUACUAUAGUGAAAAUAAUUAAGAUUAGCAUUCUGUGGCAGGUACUCCAAAUCCAUAAAAAAGCAUAUUAAAUUCAAAUUAAAAUUUCUUUAAAGGAAUAUAAAAAUCAACAUUUUAAGCAACAGCCCUUAAUUUAAAUUAAAAUUAUUUGGGAGAAUCCUAAAGUAAUGCAGAUGAUGAAAUUAUAAGCAUGGAAGGAGAGGAUAUUUAAGAAAAUGGUCUUAAGGGAUCUAAUUUAAAAUCAAAUUAUUAAAUACAAUCUUAAGACAUUAUUCUUAGUCAAAAAAACACUGCUAGAACAAAAUAAGAUGAAUAAUUAGAGUGUUAAGAUAAUAAGAUAAACAAAUACAGUUUUGAUGUUUUAAAUAUCAAAACAAACAGAUAAGCUGAAGAAUAGAAUGAAGAAUAAAAUGAGUGA